AUGGAUAAAACGAGCUUCGAGGGCUCUACUUCUGAAUUUAUUCGAGUGCAAAACGGCGAGGUGCUUAAGUAUCCACGUCAAAUAUGGAAAGAAAGCAGAUUAUACGACACCUUGACUCGGGACAUCGAAACCAGCUUCUCAGUUGAAUGCCAGAUUCUCGAACAUCUAGGGCACCAUCCAAGGAUUGUCAAGUACCUAGGCAGGAACCAGGGCGAAGGAGAUCCACGAGGAAUUCUUCUUGCCGAGGCUAGUCAUGGCGAUCUCCAGCGGUACUUGGAUCAAAAUGAAGCCGUUGAAGCCGUCGCGUAUAUUCAUCAUCGUGGAGUAGUCCAUGCCGACCUGCGCCCCGAGAACUUCCUGAUCCACGAAACCACACUGAUGUCUCUAGACCUCUGGCUAUGUGAUUUUGGAGGCUCAAAAUGCGACGAGCUAGGCGUCUAUGGUGGACAUUUACCCGAUUCAGGCUUCUUCGACCCCACGCUGGAGCCGAGCGCGACGACGCAAAUGGACAUCUUCAGUAUCGGGUCUGUCCUCUAUGCCAUCCUCACUGGUCAUUGGCCAUUCCGGGGACUUGGGGUUUUUAAGUCGCCAGAGGAAAUGAACGACUAUGGGAAUAAGGUUGAUAAUCUAUUCCUGCAGGGAACAUUUCCCGAUGUAGACGAGCUUUUCGCAGGCGAUAUUAUCAUGAAGUGUUGGAAGAACGAGUAUGCGAGCGCGGAGAAUGUGCUUCAAUCUUUGCAAGCAGAGAUGGACAGGGCAGAGAGGACUCGGUUCUGGCUGGCUGAAUGGUUUGAUUGGGUUCGCAGCAUGCUCUCUCCAUAG